AAUUAGUGAGCUGCAAAUUUCCAUUUAAUUCUGGGAGAGGAGAGUUCAUCGCCACCUCGUCGAUUCGUUCACGUGCUGUGGGUCGAAGGCGAAUCAGCCGCCGAUCAACUCGUCGUCGGCGAUCGCGUCGUGGUCCUUCUCCUCCAAUGGCGGCAGCCUCCAGGUACUGGAUCGUCUCCCUCCCCGUCCACACCUCCGCAACCACCGUCUGGAACCGCCUCCGCGAAUCCAUCUCGAAGAACUCCUUCGACACCCCGCUCUAUCGCUUCAACGUGCCGGAUCUGCGAGUCGGAACCCUAGAUUCGCUGCUCGCCAUCAGUGAUGACCUCGUCAAGUCGAAUGCGUUCAUCGAAGGAGUGACGCACAAGAUCCGUCGUCAAAUCGAGGAGCUAGAGAAGGCGUCCGGCCUCGAGGUAGGCUCUUUGACUGUAGAUGGGGUUCCUGUUGAUUCCUAUCUCACGAGAUUUGUUUGGGAUGAAGGGAAGUAUCCCACAAUGUCGCCUCUGAGGGAGACCGUUGACAGCAUUCAUGUUCAAGUGGCGAAAAUUGAGGACGAUAUGAAGAUCCGUGUUGCAGAGUACAGCAAUAUCCGAAGUCAACUUAACGCAAUAAACAGAAAACAAAGUGGAAGCUUAGCAGUACGUGACCUUUCCAAUUUGGUAAAUCCAGAAGAUAUUGUCACAUCAGAACAUUUGGUGACACUUCUUGCUGUAGUUCCAAAAUACUCUCAAAAGGACUGGCUCUCAAGCUAUGAAACACUAACUUCCUAUGUGGUGCCUAGGUCAACAAAAAAGUUGCAUGAGGACAAUGAGUAUGCUCUAUACACAGUGACACUCUUUCAGAAGGUUGCUGAUAACUUCCGGAAUAAUGCACGAGAGAAAGGUUUUCAGAUACGCGAGUUCGAACAUAGUCCUGAAGCACAAGCAAAUAGGAAAGAAGAACUUGAGAAACUAAUGCAAGACCAAGACAGCAAAAGGAGUUCACUUUUACAAUGGUGCUAUGCCAGUUACGGAGAGGUUUUCAGUUCUUGGAUGCACUUCUGUGCUGUACGAGUGUUUGCUGAGAGCAUUCUUCGAUAUGGGUUGCCACCCAUGUUUUUGUCUGUAGUUUUGGCGCCUUCCACGAAAAGCGAGAAGAAGGUUCGCAGCAUUCUUGAAGAGCUAUGUGGGAAUGUUAAUAGUUCCUACUGGAAAUCUGAAGACGAAGUCAGCAUCGCAGGUAUAGGUGGCGAAGCAGAGGCUUAUCCCUACGUCUCCUUCACUCUAAAUCUCGUGUGAUACAAAAAAAAAAGUUCAAACUGUGAGUUUGAUCAACUCCUGAUACAAAGUAAAUUUAUUUCCAUCUACUACAUGAUUGCAUCUUUCAUGUAUUAUAUGCUUGUGAUGUCUGUAUGUGCAAAUUUCAGAAUUUUGUUCUAGUUUUUAUGUUCUUCAAUAAUGUAAUCAUCAUGAGGUUGACUAUUA